CAACUCCAGUGGGUCUAACAUCCAAACAUACAACAAAGCAGCAUUUCCAUUUUGAGUCAAGAACCAUGGUUUGGAAGAUUUGCCUGUUCCUCUUUCUGGCUAUUAGUUAUUCUGAUGGACAUGUCCCCUCUGGGCCACUUUUUGAAAACAUGAAAGAACAUAUAAGCAAGCUGCAGAGAGAAUUUAACACCAGUCAGCCUGAUGUUGCAGAGGGUGGUGCUAUUUUCAGGACUCAUCUGAAGAAUGCUCUAUGGUCACAGGCCCAUGAAAGAAAGAUCUUGCUCGCUCAGAUGAUUUCCAAAUACUGGGACCUGUUGACUAAUCUGAACAGCACUCAAAAUCCAAAGGACGUCAGGAGUUUGGUAGAAGCCCUGCAAGUCUAUAAAGAGAGUUACAGCGAAAGCUUGAAUAAAGCAAAAGAUCUAAUUGAGAUAGCAAAACUUCCGAUGGAUAAUGUGAAAAUCCAGCGCAAGGCAAUCACUGAAUUUUACGACGUCAUGUUGGAGGUGAACAAAGAGGAAGUUAAAAGAAAGAGGAGAAGCCGAAGGCACAAUCCCAGCAUCCCGAUGCGAUACAAAGCAAAUCCCAGAGGCUAGCCUUGUUUUUCUAC